AUGUCCGCUCGCGUCCCUGUCGCCCUCAUUCUCGGCGCCGGUUCCAAUGUCGGAGACCACGUCAGCCGCGCCUUCGCAGCAAAAGGCUACAAAAUUGCCCUCGCAGCUCGAAGUGUGAAGGAACAAGACAGCACCCCAGAUAAGCUACUUAUCCGUGGGGAUUUUGCCGACCCUGAGUCCAUCACGACCAUCUUCACCAAGGUCAAGUCUCAACUUGGCGUUCCUCAUGUGGUGGUUUACAAUGCCGCUGCUUCUAGCUUCCCUGGAGCAAAGACACCGCUCAACGUGCAAGUGAACGACUUUGUCAAAAACCUUGCUAUCAAUACCACCAGCGCCUUCGUAGCCGCACAGCAGGCUGUGAUUGGCUUCGAGGAGCUCCCAGAUUCUGCAGCGCGAACAUUUAUCUACACUGGUAACUGCACCAAUGACACGCCUAUGUCAGCCCUGUCAGACGCUAGUCUCGGAAAGGCAGCUUCGGCUUCUUUCAUUCAAGCUGCUGCAGGAGUAUACGCCGAUAAAGGCUUCAAGUUCUAUUACGCCGAUGAACGAAAGGUUGACGGUUCGCCUGCGUUCAGUGCCAUCGAUGGGCCUGCGCACGGCGAGUUCUAUACUCAGCUAGCCGAGGGUGCUUCGCAGGGACCGUGGCAGCAGACUUUCGUCAAAGGGCAAGGCUACACGAAGUUUUGA